AAUAAAAGCUCGAUGUCCAACUCCAAAAACUCGACUUCAUCAAAUAAAUUUUCUACAGUACACACUUACUCAAAUUUUUGGAUUAAAGCCAUCCAUUAAACGAUGAAAUCGAUCACUGGGGUUAUUUCUCUGCUUUUCGUGAUAUUCACAAGUCCAGUUACAGCUUGGCCAAAAAGAAUCAUGGAAGCCGACAAUGGUCCCAUAAAAAUUGCACUUGCAAAACGUGCCAGCGUUGGGUCGUCACCGCUGGACGUUAACAACGAGAUUGGAGGAACAUUAGGGACGUUAUCUGCUUUAGUAGGUACGCUGGGUCAUUCCAGUUCUGGACUUGUUAUGGGACUUGCUGGUGUCUCCAUUACAGAUUGUGCUGGACAAGUCAAGGACAAGAAUUUGGACAAACUUCCAUGUGAUGAAUUUCUGGAUGCUUUAUCAGAAUGCGACUCUAUGGCCAAUGUAAAACCUUUUUUGCAGGAAGCAAAAAAGAACUACAACAAAAAACCCAAUAAAAAGGCUCCUUGUUUCAAGAAUAAGUCUCGGUCUAAGAAACACUGAUAAUCAGUGAUCACCAACCAUAAGCAACUGGACUUCCACGGACCCAUACCAGCAAACGUUACAUAUUUUUAUUUAAGUCUUUUACUAACAAAUAAUGUAAAAUAAACCUUGCACUUGAUAAAAAUUCGUAGUGAAUCUAGUGAA